AUGAAUAUAUUUGAUUGUGAAAGACCUGUACUUCCGGAUGUAUUCCCAUCGAGGGUCCUUCCUGUUCCCAAAUGUAUAAGGUUUCAGCCUCUAUCUGGUUACAAUGAAGAGAUGAACUCCUCUCAAGGAGUUAAACAAUGUGCCCAACAAGAGGAAGAUAUACAACACUUCUUGUUUGCAGGUAUGAACGAAUUUAAAAGUCAACACUUGAACUCCCCUAAAUUGGAUUUUUCUCUUAAUGGGAGUUACAAAAUGAGGAAGAUCAGUUCAGAAAACUCUCAACCUACAGCUGAUAAGGAAGAUACAGAACAAAUCCCCAAGAAGGAGAAGAAAGAAGUCAAAGGUGUCAAAGGUGUCAAAGAAGAAAUCUUUCGGCAGAAAAUUACUGAGCUGUACACAUUCUUAGAUACCAUCACUGAUGAUAAAUAUAACUUCAUCGUAAAGAUAAAAGCGAAUUAUUUCAAACGUAAUAGAAAAACUAAAAGAAGAUCAGGAUACAGAGGUGUUUCCAGAAAUGGAGCAAGCUGGCAGGUACUUAUGAUGGUCAAUAAAGUUAAGACAUACAUCGGAUCUUAUGAUACAGAGGAGGAAGGGGCUCUUGUUUACGAUAUUAUUUCAAUCUUAUUCAAACAAAAUAAAGCUAGGACGAACUUGUCGUAUUCCAAAUCUAAGCUAUUGAAUCUACUCUCUUGCUAUGAUCAGGACUCAAAGCAUUUUGUUUGCCCGAUUCCUGAGGUAUAUUUACGAGAACUUAAGCUUAGUAUUGGCCAAUAA